UAAAAUUUAUUUUUUAUUUCUAUUUGAUUUUUUACUACAGUAAUGUAGAUAUAUUUCUAUACACGAAAAUAAACUAUUGAUAUAUUUCUAUAUACGAAAAUAAACUUGAGCUAAAACAUCAUGUUAGAUUUGAUUUAAAUUAAAUGAAGUUACAAGAAAACAUACGUAUAAAUUGAACUUUAUGCCUUGAUUGGAUCAAGAAAGAAAGUUUCAAAAUGAAUAAAAAAGAGGGAGGGAGAUAAGAAGCUUGGUGUAUCCAGUUGAUGCUUAAAAAUAAGAGUAUAUCAUUUAAAAUUACAAAAUCCUCUUUAAUUACAUUUUAAGGGCUAAAGCAAAUCAAGUUUAAAAAAUGAAUGGACACAUAAUUAUAGUUCAAGAGCAUGUUUAAGUUACUUGGAGGGAUCCACUAAGUCUUUGUAAAGCCUCGGUCUGCUGCUGUGAGCAAAAAACACAUGAAGUAGUUUAUACUAUAGUUCACAGUAGAUUAAUACAACUAAAUUCACAUUUGGAACAAAAGAUGAUGUGCGUUGCAUCAUAGCAACUGCCCGAAUAAAUAACUGAAUAACUUGUGUGUAUAUACUACAUAGAACUACAUAAUGAAAUAGUAGCUGACCAGGUAAAUUCAAUUUAUUUAUUGGUGAUAAUAUUAAUAUAAAAAAUAUAGUUGCAAUUAUAUCAUACUACAACUAAAUCAUGACAUCAUUGUUCCUAGAUAACAAUCACUAACUCUACUAAAAACAAAAUAAGUAAGUUCAUCCUUGUCACAGGUUACACUGUAGUUCUAGUAAUAGAAUACAAUCAAGUCCAUUUAGGCCUAAAUGAAUUUUCAAAAGAAAUUAAGAUGUAAGGACAACCAUCACAAACCUGAUCAAAUUGAGUUAUAACUAAGCAAAUGAACCAAUUUAACAGCAUUAAAUUGCGCAGAUCAAAUGUUGAGUGACUUAACAGUUUCCGCACAUUCUCAACAUUACCAGAAAUGUCAGACAUUGUUUGAAGAGCAAACCAUUUGUUCACCACCUGGAAGGGAAGGAGAAGUAUAAAGUUGUAGGUAGGAAGAACUUCUAAAAUUAAACUGAACAAAUGCACACAUAUAGGUGAGACAAACAUGAGAAAUUUAAUAGUCAUCAGCCUGGCCAAAAUAGAAAAGAUUAAGCAAGGUUAGAGUAGGUAUCAAAAGGAAGCAUGCUCAUUGGAGAAAUUGUUAUCAAAUGGCAUCAUCAAUUUAAUCCAGGCUCACCAUCAACAUAUGGCGUAAAGUUUAUAACACGAGAUACAUUGACAAAGAAUGGAUAUGGAGACAUGCCCAAUAUCAAAAGAAUAAUUCCAAGAAUGGAUAUGGAGACAAGACAUUGUGAUAAUUAUACAUUAAAAUAAGAUAAAUUGUAGCAAUAAUAAUAAUACCCUCACUCACCUCUUCUUCCAACCCUGAAAACAAAAAAAAAAAAAAUGAAUUGAGAAAAUGAGAAGGCAGCAUGAGGUAUUGUUCACAGACCCCCCUUCCCAAAAAAAUGACAGACAUGCUUACCUCGUUCAAUGCUGACUUUGGUUCUCAGUACGACAAAGAUGUCUUGAAAACACGCUACACCAAUCUGUGGAAGCAGUUCAAUGAUGUCAAGAGCCUUCUUUCUCACUUUGGUUUUUCCUGGGAUGCUUCCCGUCAAAUGGUUGUGGCUGCUGCUGACGAUGAUUCUGUUUGCGAUGCUUAUUUGAAAUCUCACCCUGAUGCUAGAUGCUACAGAACUAAGCCAGUGCUGAAUUUUGAUGAUUUGUGUGUUAUAUAUGGCCACACUGUUGCUGAUGGAAGAUAUAGUUUAUCUAGUCAUGAUGUAAACCUUGAUGAUCAAGUGCAAGGACAACACUUGGAUGAUGGAAUGGGAAGCAUUGCUGUACCGAGUAGUGAGCGUGCCAGGACAGAUUGGACUGCUUCUAUGGAGCAGUUUUUUAUAGAGUUUUUGCUGGAUCAGUUGGGUAGGGGAAAUCAAGUGGAUAAUGGAUUCAAUAAAAAUGCGUGGACAGAUAUGCUAGCCAUCUUUAAUGCUAAGUUUGGAUGUCAACAUGGUAGAAGGGUUUUAAAGAAUCGGUUCAAGAAACGGUUGAAACAUUACUGUGAUAUAACAAAUCUUAUAAAACAAGGCUUUUUGUGGGAUGAACAACAGCUAAUGCUUUUGGCUGAUGAUGAUGUCUGGAAUGCUUAUGUCAAGGCACAUCUGCACGCAGGAACAUAUAGAUCAAAAACUUUGCCAAACUAUUGUGAUUUAGAAUUAAUAUUCAGAAACAUGGCUGAAAAUGAGAUCAGUAAUUUGCAACAGGAGAAAAAUCAUGAAGAUGUCAUAUCAGAAACAAAGGCUGGUGAAGCAAAAGGAAGUCGCAACCCAAGUGGCACUGAUCGUACUAGAACAUAUUGGACACCCCCAAUGGACCGAUGCCUCAUUGACUUGUUAUUGGAGCAGGUCAAACAUGGAAAUAGACUUGGGCAGACAUUCAUUUCCCAAGCUUGGAAUGACAUGAUUACAACUUUCAAUGAAUGAUUCAAAUCUCAAUACGACAAAGAUGUUCUGAAGAAUCGUUACAAACAUUUCAGGAAACAGUUCAAUGAUGUAGACCAUCUUCUUCAGCAGGGUGGGUUUUCAUGGGAUGAUACAAUAGAAAUGAUUGAUGCAGAGGAUCAUGUUUGGGAUGCUUAUACAAAGGCACACCCUGAAGCUCCACCACUUAGAGUUAAAACGUUGCCAGACUAUUGGAAAUGGAGUGUUAUAUUUGCAGCAGAAAGUUCUGAUACAAGAUACGUCCAUUUAGCACAUAAUGAAGAUCACAGUAGUGAAUUACCAAUGUAUAUAACAGGUGAACAGAAGAAUGGCAUUUGUUCAAAUGUUUACGAUGCUGGUUCUACAAUAGAGUGGACAGAAUCAAUGGAAUGCUAUUUUGUUGACAUUAUGAUUGAGCAAGUUAAUAGAGGAAAUAGGAUUGAAAAUUUAUUCAAUGAGGAAGCUUGGAUGCACAUGGUCCAAGCAUUUAACGCUAGAUGGGGACUCCAAUCUGAUAAGCAGGUUCUAAUGGAUCAAUAUUUCUGCUUAAUGAAAAAACAUGAUGACAUCAGCAAUAUUCUGAGUCACAGUGAAUUUGCAUGGAAUGAAACCCUACAAACGAUAAAUGCUGAGGAUGAUGUAUGGGAUGCAUACAUCAAG